UCCUUGCCAUAUCUCCAUCUUCUUUUUGGACCCCAAUCAACCCAUGACCCUCGAUGUCGUUGCAUCCUAUGAUUGUGAAUGCCAGGAUUCACAUCAUUAUUAGCCCAAAAUCUCUCACACCACUCGCAAUCUUCUUGCAAUUUCAGAACCCCCAUUUUUUCGGCUUCCAAUUUUUGGGUAUUCUCUUUAUAAUUUCCACCCAGCAUCUCCCUUCUACGUUGGUUGUUGUCUGUAAUCCCAAUAUCCCUUGUUAUAUAGUCUUCGGAAGAAUUCGUCAGAUUUUGAUCGAUUUUUUCUCGUGUGUGUAUUUGGAUGAUCCUAGUUUUUAGUUAGGGGUUUUGAUCGCUGUAAUAUGCUGACCGCGUGUAGUGGAGGAUUUCUGGUUUCUGUCUGGGACUGAGCUAGGGUUUAAACCUCGUCGGAAUUUUGGUGCAGGAGGUUUUAUCGUUUGGUAUUUUGUGAUUUAUGAACGCGAUUCUUGAAUUUCAUGGAGAUUGAGUCAGAAUCCAUUUGACCCUUUUUUUGUCAGUAUAACAAUUUUGCUCUGCAAGCUUAGCUUUUGAGAUUAGAUUGUGUAUUUUUGUGGGGAUGCAGAGAUUUAUUUAUAAGCAAUGCUUGAAGCAUUUAGCGGAUUAUACGUUGUACAAGUGGGAUUUUUCUGCUGAGGUGUUGAGUUGUGUGUUGUUUUGUGUUGUGUUGUGAUAUUAUAAAAACCCGGGGUAACGCCUUGUUAUGUAGGCUACUCAUGCCUAUAACUCCCUUCGAGUCUCAAAUUGAUUCAUCACAAUUUUUGUGCUCUUUUCUGUUAAUAGAAAGAUGAGUGGAAUAUCUACAGGUCAUUCGCAUCCUAGACCUUCCUCGGGAAAGAAAACCUUGAAGAGGUGCAGGAAGAAUAAGGAAGCUGAUAAAGUUGUACUGAUAGAUGUCGAUUCUGAAAUUUGUGACAAUGUUGUUAUCAUUGACAUUCCUGAAUCUUUGCAAAAGAGAAACAAAGAGUCAGGCAUGCUCAAAAAGGAUGAGAAGUGGUCAUUCAGGAAUGUAAUAAACAUUGAUGAUGAUGAGACAUCUAUAGUAGGUAUCAUUUUGGUGCAAACAAUGUCAGUUUCUCCGCUAGCACCUCUUCGAGUAGAGGAUCUAUUCGUAUUGCUGAGGGCUUUGCAGAUGACACUAAUGCUUCUGAUGAAGAUUGCCAAUUUGUCCGAGAUAGCGAAACACCAGUUAGGUUAUCAAAAUGCAAGCGUACAUACUCCGGGAAAGCUUCCACAAGUAACCACCACUAUGGUCCGGAUAUUGACUCAGAGUGCGAUUUUUCUGAUUUACCUGUGAAUGAGUAUUCUGAUUGUGAGGUAGUGGAAGAUUUUUCUGCAAAGUUCCAAGAGUUGUGGGAAAAAGCUGUCUCCAGGAGAAGGAAAGAUGUUCACAAUGUUCAAUCAGGUAUUAGGGGUCAUGAUAGUACCACAAGUUGUAUAAACAAGGACCUCCAAAAUACUGAAUCAAACGUAGGAACUAGGCACCAUUGUGCGGCCUCAUUUUUGCAUACUACAGGGAAAUCCGAUAGUAGAAAUGGUGGUUCCUCUCCUGUUAGAGCAGAAAAGGAUUUUGGUUUCGCCCAUUUUUUUUGAUAAAGCUGUAAACAAUCAAGAAUACUGUACAAAUGGAAAAUCUAAAUCUCAAGCAAAAUGUCGUCCUUCAAUCCAUAACCCGGAUUGUGAGGCAGGAAAAUCCAGCACUCGCAUUGAAAGAAGGAAAGAUCCAGCUUCAUCUAACUUUGCUUUCCAGGAGGAGCCAAGUAAGACAUUGAAUAAUUCUAUAUCUACUGCUGGGGACAAGAUAAAUUCUGAAGAGGAGAAUGAAGAUAGUCAGCUGCACACAAGUAUCGUAUGCAGUUCGCCUCCUGAGGAUGCCUGUUUAAUUAGUGAACGUGAAAAGCUCAAGGAAACAGAUGAAUAUAAAAGGGCGAUGGAGGAAGAAUGGGCUUCCAGACAGCAAGCACUGCAGAUCCAGGCUGAAGAUGCACAACGUGAGCGGCGAUUGCGGAAGAGAAUAAAAGCUGAAAGCAUGCGUAUGUUGGAUAUGGAAAGAAGACGAGCAGCGCUUGGAGGAAAUGCGGAGUAUAAAGAAGAAGGAUGAGGAAAAUAUGAACUUGAAGGAUACAAUUCGCGCUGAAGUCCGAAUUCAGCUGGAGAAAAUGGAAGUCGGAUGCCGAAGUAUGGCUUCAUUGUUGCAUUUGUUGGGAAUCGUGGUGGGCAGUUGGCCAAAUCCAUCUCCACAAGAGGUACAGACAGCUUACAAAAAAGCCUUGCUGACCUUUCAUCCAGAUCGAGCCUCACGGUCUGAUAUCCAUAAGCUGGUUGAAGCCGAAGAAAAGUUUAAGCUUAUCAAUCGCUUGAAGGAAAAAUUCCCUCUUUUAUGACACUUUGAGUGAGUUCCAGUUUGUACUCUCACUGUAAUUCUUAGCACCUUGUAUGCAUGUGCCUUGAGUUGCUAAGGAUUCCUAGCUCGUAGCCUCGUACAGGGUGGAAAAAAACAUCAUUAAUUCUUGAGACUAAUUUCGUCUCGCAUUACUGAGGUGAUCUUUUUCUGUAUAUUAUUAUUUUUAUGUAAUUAUGUUGUUAGCCAUUCA